AUGUUUAGGUGGUUUGGGGGAAUUCGGGGGUUACUCAGCAAUCCAGGAAGAGGAGAAAGUAUUAGUAAAGAACAAGAGCUGAAAAACAGGAAGCUUUGGUCUGCUCUAAACUUAUCCAUCUCCAUCCAUUACUGGAACAACUCCGCAAAGUCCUUAUUCCCUAAAACAUCACCGAUACCAUUAAAGUUACCAACAGAGACUGAACUCAGAAUAAAGGAAAUCAUAGAGAAACUAGAUCAGCAGAUCCCACCCAGACCUUUCACCCAUGUGAACACCACCACCAGUGCCACACACAGCACAGCCACCAUCCUCAACCCUCAAGAUACGUACUGCAGGGGAGACCAGCUGGACAUCCUGUUGGAGGUGAGGGACCACCUGGGACAGAGGAAGCAAUAUGGUGGGGAUUUCCUGAGGGCCAGGAUGUCCUCCCCAGCCCUGAUGGCAGGUGCUUCGGGAAAGGUGACUGACUUCAACAAUGGCACUUACCUGGUCAGCUUCACUCUGUUCUGGGAGGGCCAGAUCUCCCUGUCUCUGCUGCUCAUCCAUCCCAGUGAAGGGGCAUCAGCUCUCUGGAGGGCAAGGAACCAAGGCUAUAAAAUUAUUUUCAAAGGUAAAUUUGUUAAUGGCACCUUUCAUGUCUUCACUGAAUGUGGCCUGACCCUAAACUCGAGUGCUGAACUCUGUGAAUAUCUGGAUAACAGAGACCAAGAAGCCUUCUAUUGUGUGAAGCCUCAACACAUGCCCUGUGAGGCUCUGACCCACAUGACCACCCAGAAUAGAGAGGUAUCUUAUCUUACGGACAAGGAAAAGAGCCUUUUCCACAGGUCCAAAGUGGGAGUUGAAAUGAUGAAGGAUCAUAAACACAUUGAUGUCGCCAAUUGUAACAAGAGUGAAAAAAUAGAAGAGAAAUGCCAAGUUGGAAUGAAGCCUCCUGUCCCUGGUGGUUAUACUUUACAAGGAAAAUGGAUAACAACAUUUUGCAACCAGGUUCAGUUAGACACAAUUAAGAUAAACGGCUGUUUGAAAGGCAAACUCAUUUACCUCCUGGGAGAUUCUACGCUACGUCAGUGGAUCUACUACUUACCCAAAGUUGUAAAAACACUAAAGUUUUUUGAUCUUCAUGAAACUGGAAUUUUUAAGAAACAUUUGCUUCUGGAUGCAGAAAGACACACUCAGAUUCAAUGGAAAAAACAUAACCAUCCCUUCGUCACUUUACAGCUCUACUCUCUGAUAGGUCAUGAUUAUAUCCCUCGGGAAAUUGACCAGCUAUCAGGUGACAAAAACACAGCCAUCGUCAUCACCUUUGGCCAGCACUUCAGACCAUUUCCCAUUGACAUUUUUAUUCGCAGGGCCAUUGGUGUCCGAAAGGCUAUUGAAAGACUAUUCCUAAGAAGCCCAACCACUAAAGUGAUUAUUAAGACAGAAAACAUCAGGGAGAUGCACUUAGACACAGAGAGGCUUGGAGACUUCCAUGGUUAUAUUCAAUAUCUUAUCACGAAGGAUAUUUUCAAAGACCUCAACGUGGGCAUCAUUGAUGCCUGGGACAUGACCAUUGCAUAUGACACUAAUAAUGUCCACCCACCUGAUCAUGUGGUUGGAAAUCAGAUUAACAUGUUCUUAAACUACAUUUGCUAA